UGGGUUGGCCUUCAGGUAUCCAUGGCAACCUGCUUCAAGGAAAAAAGGCGCCUCGGAGGUUGCGCUAGGCCUCGCCUUCCCCUGAAGGCCCGCUUUGGGCCCAGCGAGGCGGGCGGGCGAGCCAGGGAAGGGCCUCGCCUCCAGCGGUGGCGGCGAUUCAUCCACGACAACAAAAUAUUUGGGAAAGAAACCAAAGAAGCAGACCUUGAUUUUGCCAUAUUUUACUACACCAUUUAUACCGUGGGACUUGAGCACCUCGAGCCAUGAGGAAAAGCAGCUGCCAAGGUGGAGCUGGAGGACACAUGGCCCUCCCUCAGCUGCGGCUCCUUGACUGCAACUCCCAUCAGCCCUAGCCAGGAGUGGCAACACCUGGGGAGCCGUGCGUCCCUCUCCCUGCUCUCCGUGCAGGAGGAUUGGCAAGGCAAGGCUCCCAUUCCUGGCACUGAAGGCCGGGCAGGAUGUUCCAGGUGCCUGUGCCCUUGGACCGGGACCGGGCCCUCUUCCGACUCCGCUUCACUACGUUGGCGGUCGGCACCGUCUGCUGCCCACUUUUUGGCUUCCUCUUCUGCGUGAUCUGGUCCCUCUUCUUCCACUUCCAGGAUGCCACCGCCACCCACUGCAGAGUGCCCAACUACCUGCCCUCCAUCAGCGCAGCGAUUGGCGGCAGCACCCCCGAGAGCUACGUCUGGCGCUUCUGCAUCGGCCUGCACUCGGGGCCCCGCUUCCUGGUGGCCGUGGUCUACUGGAACUACUAUGGGAGCUGCCACUGCACCCACCGCCGGUACCACUGCCUCUGCAACGCGGCCUUCACCCUCAACCUGAUGGAGAACCUGGCCCUCCUGCUCCUCACCUACGUCUCCUCCUCCGAGAACUACCUCAUCCACGAGAGCGCCUUCAUCCUCUUCAUCGCCUCGGCCCUCAGCCACAUGUUCCUGACCUGCAUUCUGUGGCGGAUGACCAAGAAGCACACCAUCAGUCCAGAGCCAGCUCGAUCUAGAGAUUCCGUUUCAUCAAGGCCAGACAGCUCAUUAGCAGCAGCCUCUGUCUGCACGUUAUCAGACUGGGAGCUGUCCUCCCUUUGCACCUGGCUAGCUUCGGUAUCAUCUCCAGUAUCAACAACAUCAUUCCCUGCCAUGGGAAUGCCUCCCUGCUCCUCAUCUCUCACAGCAGGGACACUCUGAACCUGAAUCCCACAAUCCCCAUCAGAGUCAUCUUGAACCUGAAUCCCAUCAUCUUGAACAUCUGGAACCUGAAUCCCACAAUCCCCAUCAGAGUCACUCUGGGACUCCAGCUGAGGCACAACAAUCCAGCAGGAUCCCCCAAAUAACAUACGACAGAUAAAAACACUAAGAUUAUUCAAUAUGCAAGUGGAAACAUUUGAAAUCCGGCCAAAACAGCUAAAGCAACCUGAGUAGGUGUGCCUUAUUAUUAUUAUUAUUAUUAUUAUUACAGUAGAGUCUCACUUAUCCAACAUAAACGGGCCGGCAGAAUGUUGGGUAAGCGAGUAUGUUGGAUAAUAAGGAGGGAUUAAGGAAAAGCCUAUUAAACAUCAAAUUAGGUUAUGAUUUUACAAAUUAAGCACCAAAACAUCAUGUUACACAACAAAUUGGACAGGAAAAGUAGUUCAAUACACAGUAAUGCUAUGUAGUAAUUACUGUAUUUACGAAUUUAGCACCAAAAUAUCACGAUGUAUUGAAAACAUUGACUACAAAAAUGCGUUGGAUAAUCCAGAACGUUGGAUAAGCGAGUGUUGGAUAAGUGAGACUCUACUGUAUUAUUAUUAUUAUUGGGUUGUUGUAUGUCUUUCGGGCUGUGUGGCCAUGUUCCAGAAGUAUUCUCUCCUGACGUUUCGCCCACAUCUAUGGCAGGCAUCCUCAGAGGUUGUGAGGUAUGGAUAAACUAAGUAAGGAAAGGAAAGAAUAUAUAUAUCUGUGUAGAGUCCAGGGUGUGGCAAGAGUCCUUUGUCACUGGGAAGCCAGCAUUAAUGUUUCAGUUAAUCACCCUAAUUAGCAUUGGAAAUGUUUUGUCUCUUGCCUGGGGGCAUCCUUUGUUCAGUCAAGCCCUCAGAGUGUUGGUUCCCAUCUACUUGUUUUGAUUUUGGAGUUUUGUAAUACUGGUAGCCAGAUUUUGUUCAUUUUCAUGGUUUCUCCCUUUCUGUUGAAGUUGUCCACAUGCUUGUGGAUUUCAAUGGCUUCUCUGUGUCGUCUGACAUGAUAGUUGUUGGAAUAGUCCAGCAUUUUUGUGUUCUCAAAUAAUAUCCUGUGUCCAUCAAAUGCUCUGCUAUGGCUGAUUUCUCUGGUGGAAUUAGGGUUAUAAUAAUAAUUAUUAUUAUUAUUGACACAAC